AUGUGUUCACGAGGGCUCAGCGACGAAGAGGCGGCUGCUGCCUGCAAAGAGGGACACCCCAUGACCAAGGAUUACGUGAUGCAGCAGACCUCGCUGAGGGUGAAGGAUCCUGCUCGCUCUCUGGACUUCUACACCGGGAUCCUGGGAAUGACGUUACUACAGAAGAUCGAUUUCUCAGCGUUGGGCUUCUGUAUGUACUUGGUGGGCUACGAGGAGAAGGCAAACAUCCCAGAGAACCUGAUGGAGCGGACGGCCUGGACCUUCUGCAGACACGGGGUCAUCGAGCUCGUUCAUAACUUGGGAGCGGAGAUGGACACAGGCCUGUCGUACCACAGCGGAAACACAAAGCCCUUAGGAUUUGGUCACAUCGGGAUCUCUGUUCCCAAUCUGGCUGAAGCCUGCACCUACUUCCAGGAACGUGGGGUUACAUUUGUGAAGCAAGCCGGAGAAGGUAAAAUAAAGAACUUGGCCUUUAUACAGGACCCAGAUGGAUACUGGAUCGAAAUAUUGAGCCCUGAGAAAAUGUGUGAAAUAUUGUGUUAA